CAUUAAAAAAAAAACAUAACGAAAUUUCCGAUUACCUACGUACCUACUUCUAGUUCUUUGUCGGUUUCGGAAAAAUUUAAUUUUGUUUUCUAUUGUUGAAUACUAAACAAAUUUUAUUUGCCUGUCUUAUCUGUUAAGUGGGAAUUUAUUUUAUAAUGUCUUCACCGAUCGAGGAAAGCGUGAGGCGCAAUAGUGAGAGUGAAGCCGGGGAAGUGGAGACACCUGAACAUGAUUUACACUUUGAUCCUAUUGUGUCAUUACCUCUGAUCGAUAUUCACACUAAUGAGGAAGAUGAGGAGGAACUGGUGAAAAUCCGCGGAAGGCUAUAUCGAUAUGAUACAGCCGAUCACGAAUGGAAGGAGCGUGGUACUGGGGAUAUUAAAUUAUUAAGACAUAAAUUGAAUAACUCUGUCCGAGUGGUGAUGAGGAGAGAUAAGACUCUAAAAGUUUGUGCAAACCAUUUCAUAACACCAGACAUUCGCAUGAAUGUCCACUGUGGAUCUGAUAAAGCAUUUAACUGGUCUGUGUUUGCUGAUUUUGCUGAUGAAACAUUGAAACAGGAAUUGCUAGCUAUUAAGUUUGGAACCACAAUAAAUGCUGAAUUAUGGAAAAAAAAGUUUGCAGAGGCCCAAGAGAUUGUUAGAACCAAAUGCAGUCUUUACACCCAAGAUUCAUAUUCAGAUGAUGAGAGCAGCAUCACACGAAGCGAAGAUAAUGAGACGCCUGAACCAAAAAGCAAUGAUAAAACCCCUGAAGAGGAAACAAAGAAGGAUGUGAUUGACACCAAAGAUUCUGAUAGUGUUGUUUUAAAACUAAAAGAACUGAAAGUGGAUAGUGAAAAAUCUGAAUAGGUUGGUUAAUAAUAAUAUGUAUUAAAGAGUAGUCUGUCUGAUAGUUUGUAAUGAAAUAUGAAUUGAAUCUUAAUAAUUUACAUUAAAUGCAUUUGAUGUUUUGUUUUGUUUAAGAUAGGAUAAUAGACUUAGAUUAAUGAUCGGUCUCCACAUUGCUCUAACUAAAUACCGCAGGCGCAGGUGAGGCAACUAAUACAAUGCCCAAGUGGGCGUUGUAUUAGAGCCAGUCUCGAACAAUGUGUGAUGUUGAUGUGCUACAUGUUCUGUUAAACUUUGAUAAUAAUUGAAAUUAAAAUGCUGGGUUGCAUAGUGAAACCUUAAAAAAUAAUACUUCAAGAAGUAAGGAAGACACCAGGAUCACAUAUAAUCAGUAAGUAUUUUGUAUUUUAUUAAUUUCAAUGUGAAAGAACACAAAGUGUAUGUUACAAAAUUUUAAACAUUGCACAUAAGCCUGUUCAUUCAUGUUCUCUCAGAUAUUGAGGUAUCUAGUUGGAGCGCAGCGGAGACCAAUCCUUAAUCUAAGGUUAUAGAUUUAAGCAGUUCAUUUAUUAGUAAUUUGUAAUGCAUUGCUGUGAAUAAGGAUAUCAAAUAUUAGUUUUCAAAUAAGAGCUUCUAUGUAGUGAAGUCAAGACUCGGGUCUCAGUUGAGUAAAUAUGAUAGAUGUCACGAACCAAGAAAAUGAGACAAAUUGAAUAUUGGCGUGCUCAGUAGCUAUCACCUAACAUCAAAUACCGGACCGUAAUGCAUGCUUUUAAGUUCUUGUAUUUCGUAAGGAAAAUAAUAUUUUUGAUAUGGUUGUGAAAAAUAUUCCAAUCUUGUAUAGAUUUGUUGGUUACUGUGCUGCAGAACCCACACAAACAUGAAUUAUAAUUAAUUUAAGCAAGACUGCCUUCAUAUACAUAUGGCGGAACUGCUCGGUGUUACAGUAUCUGUAAGGCAACCCUGAGUUAAUGUUUUAUUUUUUUACUUGAAUACAAUGAGUAUUUUAAUUUUUUUAACUAUGGGACCACUAAGUAAUUUAAGUAUAAUAUCAAAUGAUUCUUUAAUAUCGCAUGAAAUUAAAAGUAUUUAAUAUAAAGGUAACACCUACACUAUAGCAGUAAACUAACGGUAGCAGGCGUCUUUUUCAGUUUGAUAAGCAUCCUCUUUUGAUCUGGCGAGUAAUUCAUACUCCAGAAGUUUUUAAUGCACAGUUUUGAUGACUGUGUCAACUAUACAAUUUAUUGUGGAUUAUGAUUACAUUUCUGGAAUCUAGACCCGUUACUGGUGCUCUGCAACAUUAAUACAAAUAAGUAUGUAAUUACAUACAUGAUACUGAUGACUUUUGUUUUUUUUUAACUUUGACCAUUACUCUGAAAUGCUCCCAAUAUGGUUUUUUAAUGUACAAAAGGCAGACUACUAUUCCAUUAAAUAAGAUUUUUAUUUAAGAAUAAGUGUUUUAUUUUGAGGUGAAAUUCACUCAAAUAUUUUUUAUUGUGGUUGUAAUAGUAACAGUUGGGUAGAUAAGUUUUUUAGGUUAAUAAUAAUUGUUUUCAUCUGUAAUAAAACAUUAUGAAUUAAUUAGAAAUUAUAUAAUAAUAUUCAGAUCAGCAAUAUAGUUAUAGAAAUGAGCAUGAAUGAUUACAAAUGUAUAUUAGCUGCAUUAAUAACAGUUACAUGAAAUAUAUUUAAUGUACACACAAAUUGUACGCACCAUAUUGCGGGUAGAUUGACAAUUGCGGGCUAUGGUUCCGUUAUGUUCUGUUUUAUUAGGCUAGAUUGUUUCAAAGCCAAUAUCGUUGCUUUAUGGCAUCGUUUGCGUUUUGACAACAAUGGUGCAAAUGAUAAAAUCGUCAGCGCCUUUUAAAUCUACCUAUAUUCAAUUCUAAUAUCACUUGGUUAGUUAUUAAAUGGCAGUAAACAUUGCUAUAAUAAUUACAAUGCCGAUGUGCCCGUAAUCAUUGUGUAGGUAGACACUCUGGCUGUUGUUUGUCGCUGUUUACACUUCUAAAUUACAUCAAUUUCUUUAGUCUUGCGGAAUUGUAUAUUUUUUAGAGGACCAGUCCACUUAUAUAGAAUAAAAGAAAUAUUUUUAGUAUCUACCCAAUUGUAAUUAUAUUACUUCAGCCUAGGCCUAGAUAAUAGGUUUGUAGUAAUAUGCUAGUAAACCACUGUUAAUAUUCGUCUUGCCCAACAUCUUGUGCCACUUUGGAAGUAGAAUUAUUUAUAUUUUAGAGAGUCAUUCACAUUAUUUUAGUCUAUGCUUUUGUGUUUAAGUUACUGUUUACUUCCAGUCAUCAGUUUACUGUCAGUUGUCAAUAUUGUUAUGUUUCUGGACUCGCUACUUUUUACUAAGUUUUAGUUUUUCUCCAUUAGUUAUUAAACUAUAAGAAUAAUUUAUGUUAUGGUACAUUAUUCAAAAUAGUCUUGAUGAGACAACUUUAGACAGUAGUAAUAUUAUUUUAUUAAAAUUGCAUUUAUUUGUAUUUCAAUAUUG